AGACAGAUGUAAAGAAUGUAAAUAUAGUGAAAGAGAUAGAGGAACAAUCUAAUUAAGGUCAAGUUUUUUGUUUUUAUUGUCAUCUUCAUACAAAAAAAUAUAUCUUAUUUUACGUUUUCUUUUUAUCACGUUGAUUAUUCUAUAAUUGCUUUGUCUUUUCAUCUUCAUCUUCAGUUACAUUGAGUUUCUUUGUUAUGUCUAUAGAACAUUCAUCUAGUUUUGUUGCUGUCUUAGAUAUACAAUCCAAGAAUGUUUCCAGGAAACCAAAUUAUUCUAGAUUCUCCCAGCAAGAACUUCAUGCAUGGCAACCAAUUCUAACACCUGGAUGGGUCAUUGCAAUUUUUACAUUUAUAGGACUUGUAUUCAUUCCUAUUGGGGUUGCUUCAUUGUUUGCUUCGGAACAAGUGGUGGAAGUUCCGCUCAGAUACGAUGAUCAAUGUCUUCCGUCUCUUUAUAAAGACGAUGCAAUGACAUAUAUAAAAGGCAAUAGGAUCAGCAAAACAUGCACCAAGAAAUUGACUGUUAAGAGUAAAAUGAAAGCUCCAAUCUAUGUAUAUUAUCAGCUUAGUAACUUUUACCAGAAUCAUCGCCAUUAUGUUAAAAGCAGAGAUCAUAAACAAUUGAGGAGUAAGGCAGAUGAGAAUGAUGUAGGCAAAUGCUUUCCUGAAGACUAUACUGCAAAUGGUUAUCUUCCGGUUGUUCCUUGUGGCCUUGCUGCUUGGAGUCUAUUCAAUGACACAUACAGAUUUUCAAACAAUAAUAAGGACUUGGUGAUUAACAAAAAGAAUAUAGCAUGGAAAAGUGACCAAAAGGCCAAAUUUGGGUCUGAUGUUUAUCCUAAAAAUUUUCAGACUGGCAGUUUAAUUGGGGGUGCUAGACUUAAUGAGAGCAUACCUUUGAGUGAACAAGAGGAUCUGAUUGUAUGGAUGAGAACAGCAGCACUGCCUACAUUCAGAAAAUUAUACGGGAAGAUUGAAGUCGACCUUGAAGCUAACGAUGAAAUAACGGUAGUAAUAGAGAACAAUUAUAAUACAUAUCAAUUUGGAGGAACAAAGAGUGUGAUUCUAUCAACCACAACAUGGAUUGGUGGAAAAAAUGAUUUCUUGGGGAUUGCAUAUAUUCUCAUUGGUGGACUUUCCUUGGUGUACUCUCUAGUUUUCCUACUUAUGUAUUUGAUGAAGCCAAGACCCCUUGGAGAUCCAAGAUACCUGACUUGGAACAAAAAUUCAAAAUGUUUGAACUGAUGAUGUAGGAUAUUUCAUCUUGUAUGCUUUGAUUUAACUGUUACAUGAAUGAAUACAUUCUUUUUGAUGCCUCAAGAAAGGAUCUGUCAUGAGGGUUGUACUUGACUGAUUCAAACUCGAAUUUAGAAUAUGAUAUUAAUAGACUUUUCACACAAAUAGUAUAAGGUUAAA